UUACUUCAGGUAGGCGGUAGCUCUUAGUUGUAACUUAUAAAUAAUUUGUUUUUGUUUUUUUUUUUUGUAAAUAUAUUUUUGAAUUUUUUAUUUAAUUUUUUUUUUAAAUGACUUGUUACACCUUCUUGCCAUUUGACAACUUGCUAUAUAUAAAUUCCUUAUAAGUAUGCAUUUAUCAUUUGUGUCAGUCCUCCUAUCUAUCUAUCUUACUCUCUCCCUUUACAAAAAUAACCAAAAUAGCUACAAAAAAACUAUCUUAAGCUAAGGUCAUCAUGGACCAGCUUAAACCAAAACAAGCUAAUUCUAUCCCACUCACUCCAUUAACACUCUUAGAGCGAGCUGCCAUUGUGUACAGCGACUCGCCCUCCCUCGUAUACAAGGCUACCACGUACACGUGGGCCGACACCAACCAGCGAUGUCUUCAGAUGGCUUCUUCUAUUACUUCUCUAGGUAUCACACGGGGAGACGUCGUGUCAGUUGUCGCCCCGAAUGUACCCGCAGCCUAUGAGCUACAUUUCGCAGCCCCUAUGGCAGGGGCCGUACUUAAUAAUAUUAAUACUCGUCUUGAUUCUAGGACGAUCUCCGUCCUACUACGUCACAGCGAGUCGAAACUUGUAUUCGUGUAUUAUCAACUUCAAUCCCUUGUUUUGGAGGCUAUAUCCUUACUCCCUGCCGAGCACCCACGUCCUAUUUUAGUACUCGUUACCGAUAACGAAUACGACUACGACCCUGUCACGCUUAGCGACGAAACCCUCAAAGCUAAGCUUGGUGAUAAUAUCUGCCAACCAAGCAAAGAGUUUCAAACGACAUACGAACUUAUGGUUAAGAAUGGUGAUCCGGGAUUUAACUGGAUCCAACCCGAAAGCGAGUGGGACCCGAUUGUGCUAAACUACACCUCCGGAACGACGUCGUCCCCGAAGGGUGUCGUGCAUUGCCACCGUGGCUCGUUCAUCACUACGAUGGACUCGCUCGUUGAUUGGUCAGUUCCGAAACAACCGGUCUACUUGUGGACCCUACCAAUGUUCCACUCCAAUGGGUGGGGCUUUACUUGGGGGAUGGCGGCAGUUGGUGGCACUAAUAUCUGUCUUAAGAAAUUCGACGGCGCAACCAUUCACGCCGCCAUCCGGGCCCACCAAGUCACCCACAUGUGUGCAGCACCAAUAGUCCUCAACAUGCUCACCACCCUAACCUCUGACCCGGGCCCACUUUCCUGGCCCGUUCAUGUCCUAACGGGCGGGUCACCCCCACCCGCACCCAUCCUCCUCAGAGCGGAGUCUCUCGGGUUUGUGGUUGGUCAUGGGUACGGACUCACCGAGACGGGCGGCGUGAUUGUUUCGUGCGCUUGGAAGUCGCAUUGGAACCGUCUCCCCGCCCUUGAAAGGGCCCGGCUUAAGGCGCGUCAGGGAGUCCGGACCAUCGGGAUGACCUGGAUAGAUAUAAUAAAUCCAUACACAGGACAACGCGUUAAACGGGACGGGAAGACCGUUGGAGAGAUCGUCUUUCGAGGUGGGUCCAUUAUGUUAGGGUAUCUUAAAGACCCUGAAGGAACUUCUAAAUGCAUGAGAAAUGAUGGUUGGUUUAGAACAGGUGAUCUAGGUGUAAUGCAUAAAGACGGGUACUUAGAGAUAAAAGAUCGUUCUAAAGAUAUUAUCAUAAGUGGUGGUGAAAAUAUUAGUAGCGUCGAGGUUGAAAACGUGUUGUAUACUUUCCCCGUGAUUAACGAGGCGGCGGUGGUGGCUAAACCGGACGAGUAUUGGGGAGAGACGCCGUGCGCAUUUGUAAGCUUGAGGAAAGGAUUGAAAGAAAAACCAACGGAAAGAGAUGUAGUAGAGUAUUGUAGGUCAAAAAUGGCACAUUACAUGGUGCCUAAAAAUGUUGUGUUUAUGGAGGAUCUUCCUAAGACUUCAACAGGGAAAAUUCAAAAGUAUUUACUUAGGAAAAUGGCUAAGGAUUUGAGUAAAGAUGAAACUAGUAUUACUACUGGUACAUCAUUGGCAAGUCGUUUAUAGAAUUAUUUAUUUUACUUUUAA